GUAUUAGUGGUAAAGAACUGUUACUUGGUUCUUGGUGAGUUUUUUGUAGCAUAGCAUUCAGGACAUCCGAUUCUGUCAGGAGAGCAUAAGGAAGAAACAGGUUCAAUCUCCCUAAUGUACUUGCGCUUUCAAACGGUCCAGGGAUAUCGAUUUUCAUCCUAGGAGGGUUGAUUGACCCAGAUAAGACUAACCUGAAAUGCUUCAGUAGCACAAGGCUCCGAUAAGAAAAACAAACACAUCUUAUGACAAGCACCCAAGAGACUGUUCAAAAAGUGAUAAUUCCAUUGAAUACAAUAGCAUAAGGAUAAUGCUUUUGCCAAGUUUUCUCAUAUUGUUGGUAGGACUGGUGAUUUCUGUUGAGAGUCGGGGACCCCAUCAUCCAAGGGGUGAACCUGUGAAUCGAAGACAUCACAUCCAUUACAAACCAAAUCCAGGUGAUACAGGGAAAUUAACUCAGGAUAGUGCACUCUUGCACGACAAGCAACAUAUCGAGGAACAUUUGGAAGAUAUGGUGGACACUCCAGAUUUGUCCAAAAUGUCUGACGAAGAACUAGAAUUUUAUUACUUCCAAGCUCACGACACUGACAAAAACAACAUGCUGGAUGGUUUGGAAAUAUUACAGGCCAUCUCACAUAUUUUAGAUGAAACUGAUGUCUCAGGGAAUAUUAACAACGACAAAAAUUUUGAUUAUUAUAUAAAGCUCAUUGACCAGGUAUUAACAGAGGAUGAUAUCAACGAUGAUGGCUUCCUAGACUAUCCAGAAUAUGUCAGGAGUAGGCAGAGGUCUUCGAAAGGUAUUAAAACGAAAAAUGAAGAACCUCCAUUAGUAGAAAUUAUACCGUGAUCGUACUUAUAUAUACAUAUACAUAUUUGUAAAUUUGUAAUAAAUUUUUAUGGGUGAUUCAAUGUUUUUUAUUCGACGUUUUUCAAAAUAUUAUGCAGGAAAUGCACCUGCAUCAUAUAUAGCUAUUAUUUUGCUCAACUAGUGCUUUUGA